GAAUAAGUUCACUUUAAAAAACCUAUGUGUCAAAAAAUAAAAAAAAACAGAAAAGUGCUUUUCUUGCUCGUCAACGUUUUCAGGGAUUUUUUGAAAAUUUUAUUGAAGAGUAAAGAUUCUGGCGUUUGUUCUUGUGACUACUGGAUGGUGAUUAACCGGUUAAUUUGCGUUGCAUUAUGAUGGAAAACAUGAAAAAUGGUAGCUGCGGCCGUCCGACAAGCGAUCAAGUGAAGAUUAGAAAGAGAUCUCGUAAAAAUAAGUCGAAAUAUUCCUUUUUAAGUGCGCGAUUGAAUCCUGACUUUGAUCCCAAAAAUGCAGUAUCACAGGCGUCUAACAACGCUACCAUGGAUCGUAAAUUUGAAGAGUUGGAUCCGAAGACGAUGGAAUUCGAUACUCUAGCAGAAUUCCUGCAUCCUACUUUUAUUUACGACUACCUUCAUAAGAUAUUGCAUUUCUUAAAAAGUAAUCAGAGGGAAUUAUGUUUUCCUCGCAUUGCGCCGUACAAGGAAGCAUUUCUGGUGAAACUUGUUCAAGACAACAAGCAUUUGAGGUCUAGAGUGUUCAACGAAGCAAGUGUUGUGGUCGCCAGGCAGAUCAUUGAUGUUGUGGAGAGGAAUAAAAAUGUUUACAAAUGGAUCCAUGCCUAUGAAGAUGGAUUAUUGACAAAAAAUGUCUUGGUGUACAAAAAGCUGAAUCUUAGUAAAGAGCAAGGUGAUCAGUUUAAGGUGCCGUGCUCAGGUUCUCCUUCUCCUAUAUCAAUAGCUUCGGGGCUCGAAGACAUGAGUUUAUCUCGGGAAAAGCAAGACAUUGCGCCAAGCUUCAAACUAACAAUGCUUAACACAACGCUCAAAUUCUUCAAAGAUGACACCCAGCUAAAUUUAGAAUACCCCGCAAUGAGUUUUGAUCACGCACAAUAUGUUUACUCUUUAAUUGCUGAGGAUAAUGGUGAUGGCAAUGUGGGUUUUGGAUUUAAGUCUUUAUGUGCGCCAUUGAAGGAUGUUAUGGCAUGCUUGAAAGAGAAGUUUGAGUUUAAAAUCUCUUUUGUUGAAACUAUGGACAGGUUGGCUGUUCGAAUGUCGAUACAAAAAGUACCAAGGACUGAAACAGACAGCAGUAUUUUGAGUGAGAAACAAAUGGACCUCAACUCCUCGAACGUAUCAGCAGCCUCUACAUCCUCAGAGUCGAGGCGCACUGCCAAAGCCCAGAAGGACCUGUUAAGCAAGCAGCGUCUCAUAGAGUCCGUAACAGAUGAAUUCGCGAAAGAAGUUUUGCAGAAGCUAGUGGACUUCCUGAAGGAUCCUCUCACAGCCAGCUUAGAGUUCCCCAAAGUGCAGCAGAAUGCUGGAAAGUUCCUAGAGAUGGUCUCCGCGAUAGCCCGGUGUUCGGAGCUGUAUAGGUACUUUAGUGAACCAUGUGUGGUGCUGCUGAAGAGGCUGGCUCGGGCCAACACGUCACCCUCGACGUGGAAGCUCAGACUCAACAUGGGCAGGAUCGACAAGGCCACUGGACUCAGGACCAUAACAUUCUUCAAGACACCAACUUUUACUGUAAAAUGUAACGAACAAUUAAAAAAAACUGUUGAUGAGAAUAAGACAGCAAAUAAUGAGAUAUUUAAGGAUUCUCCAGGUGAACCCCCUCAAGAGAAAAGGGUUGUUAGGCAGAGAUCAGUAAGCAGUGAUGCGAAGAAUCGUCCAACGAAAAGUAUAGCGUUCCAAAGCGCGGGGUCACAAGUGAUCGACAAUGCAAUGGUGGUGGACAGUGACGUCACGGACGCGGGGGGAGGGGCGAAGAAAAAGGUGGCGGGGAGGAAGGGGAGGCUGCUGGAGGCCAUGUCUACCCCGCUGGAGAGCGACCGCGCUGAAAGAAUGAUGCGUCGUAUGGGGUGGGACGGUGGCGCGCUGGGCGUUCGUGGAGAAGGCAUCAUCGAACCUAUCAUACCAGCUUUACAUCUUGCCCCAGGAGCAGGGUUAGGCCACAUAAAGCCUCUGCCGGCGUCCAAAAAGGAAAGAAAGGAGAAGUCAGGGCCGGUCUUCCGGCUGAAAUUUCUGCAAGAGCUGUUAACCUUCAUUCGGACACCGGAAUUAUCGGAGACCACGAUAACUUUCCCGGCUCCCCUCACCAAGAAUGAAGGCAGCUUUGUCAAGGGCGCUGAGGAGGCGUUUAAUAAAAGGAAAAACAUCGGUUUGACGAUCCCGGAGGAGAUGGCGCUGGUAAACUAUAUCAUGCUCGAGCUGAUCCGGGAUCCUCACACGCAACUCAGACAUCAAGUUAGUGAGGACGGGAAAGAGCUACUCUUUAAAAAGAAGAAGGUCGUCGUGAUACAAACCGGGAAGAAAAAAAAGAAGUCAAAAUUGGAAUUGUUCAUCGAAUCCGACGCAUACGAUCACAACACGGAUCUUAUAACGCAACUCAACAAAUGCGAACAAACAUGGCCGACAUCGAAAAAACAAGCCAAAUCUUACAGAAUAAUAUAUCUGGAAAAGAUUAAAGAGUUCGUGGCUUCAGAGAAGAAUAUAGCGGAAUACCAAUUCGAUUACGUUUUGAACACAAAGCAAAGGGCUUUUAUACAGAAUGUAAUAUUGGACGUGAACCAGAGGGUGGUGAAGAGCAAAUAUGGCGGCGUCGAAGACAAGUUGUUCAAUGAGAUCAGGCAGAUGGCAGACUGCUUCUUGAUUGUGGACAUCAAUGGACAGAAAGUCACCCUUCAGAAGAAGUUCUAUCGGAAACGAUUCAUCAACUCUGCUUUAAGCCUCCCUCCACCAAAGUCAGCAGACAUUAAAAACACUAUAAUAUACAAAAAUAAUGUCAUCAUGUUCCAAGGUGACGCCGCGAAUCUCGAUUAUGAUAAUAUUGGUGAUGGAAAUAUCAACGGUGAUAAUAUUCUCAAUCGUGAUAACGAUGUUGAUGAUGUAAUGCAUAGUGAUGGUAACGUCCAUGAUAGCAUUGUACAUUGUGAUGAAAAUAUCACCACUGGUGAUAAUAUUCUCAACCAUGAUGAUGAUAUUGGUGAAAGAAUUGUACAUAGUAAUGAAAAUAUCAACGGUGAUAAUAUUCUCAACCAUGAUGAUGAUAUUGUUGAAAGAAUUGUACAUAGUAAUGAAAAUAUCAACGGUGAUGAUAUUCUCAACCGUGAUGGUGAUAUUGGUGAUAGUGACGACGACGUCCUCAUCAUAUCAGAGAAUCAUGAUAUCAUUUCUAUAAAUGGUGAUGAUGAACCUAUCACUAACAAAACGCAAGAGACUGAGAAAGAUAGUCGUUUAGAUGACAUCAUGCAAGACCAUGAAACUACCAAAGAUAGUUUAUCUUUAGAUGUUAGCAAUGAUUCUAUGUUGCUGAAUAUGCUUGAGCAAGAAAAUGCUAGCGAAUUAACUACAUAUUUACACAUAGAGAAUGUUAAACAAACACUUAUGGAUGAUAAUAAUGAUGGUCAAGAACUUACGGAUGAUAAUGGCGUAGAUAAAGUUGAAGUGAAUAAUAACCAUGAUGUCAUUAAAGAUAGAAACGGACUUACGCUUUCUUUGCAAGAUCUAGUCAAGCUUAUGAGCGAAUCUGAUUCAGAAAAUGGGGAAAAUAACGGUAGUUUCACUUCAAGCAAGCGAUCUCGCUCCGGCUCCACAUGCAGCCAAAAACCCAAAAAAUGUAAAUACGAAAAAUAUAUUAGUAUUAUCUCCGUGGACAACAGAGAAAUAACAUUAGAUUUAGUAAAACAAGUACAAACAUUGAUCUCAAAUAGUAUUAACGAAAACGCCUUGCCGCUUCUAAAGUGUCAUGGCGUUAAAAAUGGCGGGUUAAUCUACAGUUGCCACAGCGAAAAAAGUUUUAUCUGGCUGAAAAAAGUUAUCGGUGUUGCCAGCGUAAAAAUUGUAGAUACAGACUAUUUAGACUGGAAUAUCCGUAAAAUGGCAAUGAAAAUUAAUAGUUUUAUCAAAGUGGAUUUGCAGAAAUGCUUUUCGAUGUUAGAAUUGUACAACCCAAAGUUAAAAACUAGUGGUUGGAUAGUAGUCAGUGAAAAAAUAGAAGAAGGUUUUUCCUUAUAUAAGAUAGGCUUAGAUAAACAUUCCUACAAUUAUAUUUGUGAAAAUUGUUUUUCUCUAUACGCCGGUAUAGAUAAAGUUCAGUUUAGUAUUAUCUGGGACUAAUUUUAUAAGUUAUUUUGUAGAGAAAAUAAAUACUUAUCAAUCA